AUGUCAACCGUGACUUCGUUUUCUCCACCCUUGGCCCAGCUUUCAAUUCGUGGAGAACAUCUUCCCGCCCAAACCCAGAUGGACCGAGAAAUUCCGUACCAGUCGCUUCCUUCUGGCGAGGAAAACAUUACCGAAGUACAGCACACUCUGAAUACGGAGAUAGACGAAUUAUCAACGGGUGAAAACCAUGUUCAAAUUGAUGAAUUAGACGAAGAUCCUAAUAAUGGCCUUGACUAUGAAAUCGACUUGCAAGCCUCCGAACAAGGUGUCGGCAGCCAGCAUAACCUGGUGCAGACCGACGAGCCUGUAGAUCCUGGCUAUGAGCAAAAUGAUAUCAUAUCUUCCGCCUCCGAACAAGCACUGUCUGUCAACGAGCCAACCGAAGCUCCCUUGGAAGCAAACAUAAUAACCGACUCCCUGCUUGCCCAGACGGACGCGAUUUUACAGGCCGAAGCACAGGUUACUGAAACCACCACGGACAAUGCAGAGUUUGUUUCACUAGAAGAGCAAAGUGGACGAGGAAUAUCUGAAGAAGGCUAUGAACUAUCUCUUAGCGAACAGGAAAUUUCAGAGAUCUCAGCUAUGGCCGAAGAGCUCGCGGCCGGAUCGGAGGAAAUGCUGGCGAAUCUCGACGAGCCCCAGUUGAAUGAACAAGAUUUGAACCAAACUGAUGACCAAACUCUAGAACCCGGGCCUGUGGUCACAUCUGAACACCCUUCCGAGCAUUACGAAAAUACCAGCGCGCCCCCUUUGCACCGCAUGGAUGAAGACACCAUCCCAGUGUCUACACACAGCAAAGACUCUAUUAUUGAUGCUCUGAAUGAUCCAUCCGGUUCAACGGCAGAUGAGAGCAUCCAGCUUGCUAUUACCGAGGUCCCGGUUCCACAGGAGAGUGGGACAAUCACUUCGACAGACGUUAUUUCCGAACAGGCUGAUAUCGAAAUGAGCGUCCGAGAAGGCGAUGGGCAACUCCAGGAGUCUACCUCUACUUCGGCCAUCGUCCAUCUCGACUAUGUGCAGGCGUUGGAGCCAACACAACAGGACGAAGACGGAGACGUUACCAUGGAAUUAGAUCAGAAUGUUGAACAAACCGGCAAACCUGGCAUUGAUGCUAUCGUUGAACCGAGCACAGAUCACCAACCUAUUCAAAUCACCGAGGAACUUUCCUCCAAGGCUCAAGACGAAUCGACGGGUCUCUACUCUACGCAAGGUAGUGAUGUUGAUGGACCGAUCAUUGCAGUUGUUGAACAGUCAAUGGCGAUAUCAGAAGGGAUUCAAAUCGAGCCAUCCCUGUCCGAACUACCUUCCGAUCAUAUCCCCGAGGUUGCGAAAGAGACUACUCUCACCCCUGUUGCGACUACUGUGGUCUCAGCGGACUCAACUGUCACUGAGCCUGUUGUUUUGGCUGCUGACGCAGGUAUCGUAGAAUUAGACCAUGUCGAGCGCGCAGUACAGAUUCGACACGAACAGGACGCGACUGUUCAAAUCCACCAGGCCAAUGUCCAGAUACAAGACGAGACUCAGGUUCAGGAUGAGAUCCAGGCUAAUUUGGCGACCGAGCCCACUGCGACUACAAGUAAUGUCGUUUUUACAGACAGCACCUCAGAUCCUACCGCUCCUAAAGACAGCGACAGCCUCUUACCUCAGACUCUUUCACAGUCGCAAUUUCAAAUAACGACAGAGUCCGACACGACCUUGGCUCUUGAUCCAAUCGAUCCUCUAGGGAUAGAACAAGACGAAACCGAUAUUCCCGAGGAGGAAAAUUCGGAUUUGGCCAAACUUCAUUCCCAAGUCCCCAUGGAUCCUCGUACAACCGUACCUGGCGCUGAGCCUUCUGGUAAACGAGUGCCCGAACGGAGUAGCUUCGGAGAGUUGGAUCAAGAAGGCGAGUCUGACUCUCCAGAGCCUGAGGAACCUAGUUCGGAACCGUCGGAGUAUCCGGACGUUGUGACCGAAGACUCUCCUUUGAACCCGGCUAGCGCCUCGACUGACAAAGCAAAGAAGUCCUCAAACUCGCCCGCCGCCUCUUGCCCCAAGCGUAAGAAGCCCCGCAUGAUCGUGGAAGUAGUGAUACCUAUCGCGCCCAGAGUUGUGGGGGAGGCCAAACCCGUUAAGAGACGCCCAGGACGACUUGCUAAAAAAGCCAAGGCUACUAAAGCUCAGGCGUCUAAAGGGUCUGAAUCCUCCGUGAUCGACUCUAGUUCACCUCCUUUUCGACCGUCUUCGGCAGGUACUCCUUCUGUCAGGUCCGAGGCUUCGAGGCAAGAGCUGAAAUCAGUGGCAAGUCCUGCGUCCAGUACGAAGAAACCAGGGCACAAACGUGCAAAACCAUUCAACUCGCGUAAGCCUGUCAAGAAGGCCACUACAAGCAAGUUGGGUGCGAACACACGGCUCGCGCACAUGGCUCGUCCUGCAAAGGUGGAGGUUGUUAUGCCUCCUAGGCCCCGGCCGAGCUUAUUGAGGCAGGUUGGAAGCAUGCCUAGUGGGAAUAGCGUGAAAUUUGCCUCCGCUUCAUCAGUCAACAGGAAACGAAAGGCUGAAUCUGAGCCCGAAUCUGACGAAGGAACCGAUGCGGAUGCGGAUGGAGAGACUGAUGAUGGGUAUGAAGACGUCGAGGAAGAGCCGAAGUUUGAGGGCGCGAGCAGUCGUUGCGAAGACCAGGUUGUCACCAAAAAAACGCCCUCACCGGUCUAA